GGUAUAUAUGGCUCUUGAACGCCGCUGCAUCCUCUCUUGAAUACCCAAAAAAAAUAAAAAAAAAAUAAAAAAAAGGAGCUCUUCUAGGGUUUCUCUGCAUCUGUUGCUGCAAUGGGGAAGGGAACAGGGAGUUUUGGUAAGAGGAGGAACAAGACCCACACCCUCUGUGUUAGGUGUGGCCGACGUAGCUUCCACCUCCAGAAGAGCCGUUGCUCUGCCUGUGCUUUCCCUGCUGCCCGCAAGAGGAAAUACAACUGGAGUGAGAAGGCAAUCCGGAGAAAGACAACUGGAACCGGAAGGAUGAGGUAUCUCCGCAAUGUCCCUCGCAGGUUCAAGAGUGGUUUCAGAGAAGGCACUCAAGCAGAGCCAAGGAAGAAGGGUGCAGCAGCAUCUGCUUAGCUGUGAGUCUUUUUGGGUGUCAUCUGGGAACCCACUUAUAGAUUUACAUGAAAAUUAUGUAUUGGGGAGUUUUGUGAGAACAUUGUUUAAUGGGGUACGAUUCAGCUUUUUGAUGCUAUUUAGUUAAAUUUACAUUUCCUAAUUAUGUAGUUGGUUUGAUUUUGAAUGAGGAUGCUGGGACUAUCAUUCAAUUUUCUUUAUGUUUCUGACGAAAGUUUAAAACAUAA